CUGGGAUGAACCCUGGGGUCGGGAAUCUCGAGUGGGAUGAACCCCUGGCUCUGGAAUCCCAUGUGGGAUGAACCUCGGGGUCAGGAAUCCUGGGUGGGAUGAACCCCAGGCUCAGGAAUCCUGGGUGGGAUAAACCCCUGGCUCUGGACUCCUGGGUUGGACAAAUCCCAGGCUGCAUCCCAGAUCUCCGGGAGGUUCCAUUCCCACUGCUGCCAUUCCCAGAUCGUGCUGGACGUGGGCUGUGGCUCUGGGAUCCUGUCGUUCUUCGCGGCGCAGGCGGGCGCGCGCAAGAUCUACGCGGUGGAGGCCAGCACCAUGGCCCAGCACGCCGAGGUUUUGGUGAAGAGCAACAACCUGACGGAGCGGAUCGUGGUGGUUCCGGGGAAGGUGGAGGAGGUGUCCCUGCCCGAGCAGGUUGACAUCAUCAUCUCCGAGCCCAUGGGCUACAUGCUCUUCAACGAGCGCAUGCUCGAGAGCUACCUGCACGCCAAGAAGUACCUGAAACCCAGCGGGAACAUGUUCCCCACGAUCGGGGACGUUCACCUGGCCCCGUUCACGGACGAGCAGCUCUACAUGGAGCAGUUCACCAAGGCCAACUUCUG